AUGGCAACUCUGUCAGAAGAAUGGAGUAAUGGUAAUGGGCCAAUUUACAGAAAUAAAUUAAACCAACAUUUACUACUGAAAAAUGUAAUGUGCAAACUUCAUGGCUGUUUUCCUUUAAGGCCAGCCAUGUGAUGUCAUUCGUGAAGAUUCCGUAAGCCCAAUCUACGAGGAGUUUGUUGGUAGCAACCAUUCAGUUGGUUAACAUCUAUUCUGUAUCCUCAACCUUCAAGGAGCUGCUUAACAUCCAUUCACUAGUCUCAACAUACGAGGAGCUGCUUUUUAACAUCCAUUCACUAGUCUCAACCUCCGAGGAGCUGUUUGUUAACAUCCAUUCACUGGUCUCAACCUACGAGGAGCUGCUUGUUAACAUCCAUUCACUGGUCUCAACCUACGAGGAGCUGCUUGUUAACAUCCAUUCACUAGUCUCAACCUACGAGGAGCUGCUUGUUAACAUCCAUUCACUAGUCUCAACCUACGAGGAGCUGCUUGUUAACAUCCAUUCACUAGUCUCAACCUACGAGGAGCUGCUUGUUAACAUCCAUUCACUGGUCUCAACCUACGAGGAGCUGCUUGUUAACAUCCAUUCACUGGUCUCAACCUACGAGGAGCUGUUUGUUAACAUCCAUUCACUGGUCUCAACCUACGAGGAGCUGCUUGUUAACAUCCAUUCACUGGUCUCAACCUACGAGGAGCUGCUUGUUAACAUCCAUUCACUGGUCUCAACCUACGAGGAGCUGCUUGUUAACUUCCAUUUACUAGUCUCAACCUACGAGGAGCUGCUUGUUAGUUACCCAUAG